AUGACACAUCAUUUUAAGUUCACUAUUUGCCCAUGGCUGGGACCCUGCUAUGGUGGCCCACCAACCCUGGUAGCUUUUGUCUUUCUCAAAACUUUACUAUCUUGUUUUCUUACCCACCUUCUCUGUUUUUUGCAAUCUGUCUCACUUUCUUUUUUUCUUUCCAUUCUUUCUCUCUGUAAUUCUUUCUUUCUCACUGUUUUUCUUUCCACUCCAUUACAUUUUCCCCUCUCUCAGUAUGUUUGUUUCUUUCCCAUUUCCUGGUAUUUUUUUUUCUCUCUCUCUCUCUUUCUCUCUCUCUCUUUGAAUUUUUUGUCCACCCCUCUCUGUAUAUUUGUUUUAUUUCCCUUCUCUUUCUCUCAGUACUUUUCUCCCCCCCCCUCCUCUCUCUUGGCAUGUUUUCUUUUCUCCACCCUCUCUCUCUUGGCAUGUUUGUGUUUUUUCUCCGUUCUCUCUUCGACUUCUCUCACUUUUCUCUCUGAUUUUUUUAUUGUUUCUUUCCUCUCUCUCAACAUGUUUCUUGCUCAGCAUUUUCUUUCAUUUUUCCUGCCUCCUUUUUUCUUUCCUCUCUUUAUCUAUUUUAUUUAUUUUCUCACUCUCGUUUUCUUCUCUCUCAUCUCUUUCUUUCCUAUCUUGAACUCCUCUUUUUUUCUGUCUUUACUCUUUCACCAUUUUCUUAUCUCUUUCUUUACCAAUCUUAACCUCCCUGACUGUGUCUCUGUCUCUUUCAUCCUCUCACUCUGUACAAAGAUUAUCUCCAACAGUCCCCAUUGUUUUUCAUUUUUAUAUUUCUUUUCCAAAUGUAUUAUCAUUCCUCCUCCUUAG